GCACUCGUGACGCGCGUCAUAUAAUCGGGACAGUUCAUCCGUGUCUCGUUAACGAACUCGAACACACGCACACACAUUUUUACAAUUCGGUUAUAAACACUGCGAUUAUUUCGAGUACAUUGUUGCUCUUACGGACAAAAGAGUGGAAGGUCAAAAACUUCAUCGAGACAGUGGAUGGACACAAGUGCGUCGACGAACAAACAUUUCGUUUUAUCGUUUUGUGUGCUGCUUAUAAAAUUUUAUAAUCGUGUAUGAAAUCCAGUUAAACAUCGUGCCAGUGGGGUGUCGUCGCUCGUUCGUGCAUUUCCGUUAUUUUAUGUAUCAUUCACACGCAUCUAUAUAUAUAUAUAUACCAAUAUAUAUGUAUAAUGUAUAUAAACUCGUGCAUAAACUCAUUGAAAAGUGAUCACGUUUAUCGAUACGCAAUCGUUUAGUCGCGCAUCGAUACAGACAUUUUCUCUAGUUUUUGCUCAUCACUGGAAUCACGGCAGCGGAUUCGAGAACACGGCAGGACGGCAUACGUCCGACGAAUAGGAUUCGAUAAAAAUGCGAGGAAACUGGGAAGCCGCCGAGGCGCUCGUUCUCGCGCCGAGCCAGCAGCAUCAGCUCCAGCAACAGCAACAAAACAUCAUGGAGGAUCAACGUCUUCCCCUCCAUUCGCCAACCACGCCCGCCUGGGGGGGUGGCAUCAACGAUAGAAUAGUGAAGGAAGAACCCGUAGAAGAUAAGAAUGACGAUUCCGGUGUAUCGCCGGGUCACUACACGAGCAAUUCAGUCUCCCCGAGAAGCAGGCGUUCCUCGUCAACGGCCAACUGCAGCUUGUCACCAGGAAGCGCAACAUCACAAGAUUCGAACGCCAUGCAGUGCGGCAGAUUCGAUUACAGUCCACAGAGCAUGUACAAAAAUUGUGAUGCCGCAAUUGCCUAUGGAAGACUCCACACAAUGGACCAAGUAUCGACGGACAAUCAAACGAACGAGCAUCAAGCGAUGGAUGUCGUAUCCAGCAGCAUGAAAUCCGUCACCGAAGACUCCGACGCUGCCCUCGACAUUUUACAGUGCCCUGUUUGUCAGUUCACGACAUUUAACAGAUUACAGUUCAGUGAACACCUGGCGACACAUUACGCAGCGAACUGCGAGAUGCCAAAAUUCGGGAACUCUCUGUUGAGCCCCGACGACGAUCACAGCCAACAAGCGCAGUCGCAUUAUCAGCAGAUGGAUCACUCGAUGAACGCAAUGGACGAAGAGAGUCGCGCCUCGCCGUCCCAAGGCGAUCGGUCGGAGCAGGAAUCCGAGGAAGCUGAUGAGCCGGGGCUGCGCGUGCCCCGCGUCAACUCCCAGGGAAAGGUCAAAACGUUUCGUUGCAAACAGUGCAACUUUGUUGCGAUAACGAAACUCGAAUUUUGGGAGCACAGUCGUGGCCACAUAAAAGCAGAAAAAUUGUUAACGUGCCCAAAGUGUCCUUUCGUCACCGAAUACAAGCACCACCUCGAGUACCAUUUGCGCAAUCAUUUCGGCUCGAAACCCUUCAAAUGUGACAAAUGUUCGUAUUCCUGCGUAAACAAAUCGAUGCUCAACAGUCAUUUGAAAUCGCACUCGAACGUAUAUCAGUACAGAUGCGCCAAUUGUUCGUACGCGACGAAAUACUGUCACUCGUUGAAGCUGCAUUUGAGAAAAUACAAGCACAAUCCCGCAAUGGUGCUGAACGCCGACGGGUCGCCGAAUCCCUUGCCUAUUAUCGACGUUUACGGAACGCGACGCGGACCCAAACAGAAGCCUUCCGGGGGCUCGAACAACGGCAAACCGAACGACGAGAGCAUCGGUUUGGGGCUCCAGUCGUCGGAUCAACUCCCGGUCCAGGCCCAAUUGUCGCCGAUAAGCCGUAACCACGUGUCCCUCAAUCCGAUGAACGCGAUUCAUGCCUUCGGCAACAACGUCAAUCAGGGAGUAAUGACCUUUCCUUACGGCCAGUUAUUCGCCGGUUUUCCGAUGGCCACCAAUCAUUACCCGGUGAGCGACGAGUCCGCGGAGAAGCACCUGGAGAACCUGAAAACGAAUUUAUUCGCCGAGUACGCGAAGAUGAUGGCCAACGACAAGAUGAGCGCCGCCGAGUACAACCAAGACUUCAUUUCGAGCGUCCCUCUCACAAGCGUCAACAACAACGGUCCGAAAAUAAGUGAAAUCCCGAUGUCGCCGAGUGACUCGGAAAGAAGCAACGGGACGACCAAAAAUAUAUUAUCGGCGACGACGUCCCGGGCGAGUCCAAUUGUUUCAUCGGAAAAUCACAAGUUCACGCCGCUCGAUUUGAGCAAACCGGAAGGAAUAGCGAGCGAGCAUUUCUCGAACAUCGACGAGUCGAACGGCGACGAUUCUGAAAUCCUCGGGAACAACAACAAUAACCGGACGAGCGCCAACAGCACCAACAUCCAGAGCGAUGCUCCGGGCCCGAACAGCGCCUGUUCGAACGUCAAUUCGCCCAAAACAUCGGGAACGAGCAGACGCAAAGGAAGAGCGGUAAAGCUCGAUCGGAGGGUCGUCGAGGACGAGACAGUUGAAGAGAACGACAGAGAAAUUGAGAAAACAGAGAGUCGGGAAACUCCGUCGUCGAAAAACGCGAAUGAAACCGCGAAUGAAACCGCGAACGUAACGAACUCAAAGGAGGCCUCGCCGGACAGGAACCUCGGUGGGAUCGGCAAGAGUAACGAAUUUACUUGUCAGUAUUGCGAAAUUGCGUUUGGCAAUGUCGUCAUGUACACCGUACACAUGGGUUACCACGGUUACAAGGAUCCCUACACUUGCAACAUGUGCGGCCACGAAUGCGAUGACAAGGUUUCUUUCUUUCUCCACAUUGCGAGAUCAAAGCAUUCGUAGUUCGGUCGACCGAUUGUUGUCUUUCAUUUUUUUAAAAAUUUUCUUAUUUUUAUUACUUUUGUUUAUCGGUUAAGCGAACUUUUUUCGAGGGUUCUCAUCUUUAGCGUGCUCCCGAACAAAAAGCCACCUUUUUUUUCUUACUUUUUUUGUUUCGAUCCCAUCGGGUUUACCCGGCAUACAUUUAUGUUCGCUAUAACAUGCAAAAUCAAGUAGUUUAUUCGCUGAAGAUGCACCAUUAUUUACAACGCGUCGCGACAGAUUUAAAUAGAAUCUCUGCGUUCUAGUCAAAGAAAAUAACGAAAAAAAUAACAAAAAAAAAUUAACAAUCGACACCGGGCAGACGCUGUGAGCGUAGAACACAGCUCGGGGUGCAAUUUAAACGUAAAUCAUGGAUAAUAGUGGGUAUUUCGAGCCGAUGACGUUACUUUAUAGAAAUGUAGAUUUUUUUUUCCUUUUUUCUUCUCCCCUCUUACGUUUUAGGCGCUUCUCAUCUGACUUUUUGAUGUUCAUGUUUGUUUUCAUAUUCUCGACAUUGAAUUUUCUUUCGAGAACUUCGAUCGAAUGUGAAUAUUUUGAUGCGAAAAGACGAGUCUCAGAGGUCGCUCGAUUCUACUUAAACUACUAAUUAUUAUAAUUAUUCUGUAGCGUAGCGUUAACACGUGCGGAUUGUAAUAUCUCAUGGUUGAACAUUGCGAACGCGUGUCUUCAACUUUGCUCCCUCGGCUCUUCGAGCCCUGUAUCCAGAGCGUUCGACGAGAUUCGUUGCUGCCCAUUUGGAACGAGCCUUCGCACGGCGUGGAAAAAAAACGAUGAGAAGGCUUCAUCCCCCGCGAAUCCGACGACGGACAAUUUU